AUGUCAUAUAUCAAUGGCGUAAACUACUGUUUUCCUUCUUCUACUCUUGAAAUCCAAGACGCGAUUCAGCGCCUAGGAGUCGCGACGUCCAACAAUGUCUACGACAAGAUUGCGGUCUUCUCGACCUACUGGGGUUCCGACGAUACUGGUGCAGAUAAAGAUAGCUCUCUUUUCAUCGAGACCAUUCAGAAGCUCCAUAACGUGGACGCGUACAAGUAUAUCUUAUCGCAAGAACACACCAACAUGAAACUAGCCCGAGAUAUGUGUAACGCAUUACCUUCUGGAAAUCAGAGUCGCAAGCUUUUCAUCUUCCACUACGCGGGCCACAGCAUUGCUAAUACCGGCGUCCUCGUCCCUACGAUGAAUCAGAAGCAUGGCACAGGGCCAGAAAUCAACCUAACGAGUGUUGUUCAAGAUUUGAAGACGGAGGCUUCAGCUCAAUCCUGGCUGGACGUUCUUUUCAUCGUGGAUUCGUGCUGUAGCGUCAAUUGUAUAGAGGGCGACAAGGCCAAGGGUGCAAGGGUAGAGUUCGUCGUUGCCAGCUGUGUGCAGUUUUUGAACUCGAGAACGGCCUCGGAUGCCAGUGGUCGGACUUUCACGCAAUGCUGGUGUGCGGCCUUUAACAAGCUCUUGGACACUGGAAGACCGUUCGUUUCGAAGGAUAUCACGAACAAUAUCAAUCCUGAUCACUACCAUUUGUCGUUCCCUGCCUUGCGUGUUCUUCGUGAAGGAUUGGAUCUGCCAAUCGCAUUUUCCUCACAUAACAACACGGUUCAAGCGUCUUUGCCGUCUUACCCGAUGGUCGUGACGGUUUUUUAUAUCAAAGAACACCCUGAUUCCCCCUCUGUCAAGCAGUUGAUCGAAUACCUCGAUAACGAGCCGGUUCCGAUUACGGUUUUAGGAACGGUGCCCGUACAAUUCAGCUAUUUAACGGGCACGUUGCUUUUGCUUUCCAUGCCGGGGCUGUUGCAAGAGUUGUUGACGGGCUCUCGAGUCGCUAUCAUGAUAGAAGAUGAAGAAAUGCCAGAUUGUCCUAUUGACGAAGAUGAGUACUAG